GGCACUCAUCUUUAAAAUUGUGACAGGGUGCGUCAAGAUUUAGUCAACAUCAAGAAAUUGGAGAAAUCAAAAAAGAAUCAGCUGUCAUAUGGGAUCUGCGAUGUGUAAUAAAAUUGUAAAAAAAUCCACUGCAGAGAAAUGUCUCUUUCACCUUGGUUAAAAUCACCAUUUACCGACCUUACUGGAGCCCUAGUAAGCCACCAAUGGUAUGGGGAAUGUGCUGAUAUGGAAUUGAGGGCUCUUGAUUGCUUGGAGGCUUAUGGACUAGACAGAGGACUCAAAAAGUGUAAGCCAAUACUGGAAGAUUUCAAGGAAUGUGCUCUGAAAAUCAAACAAUUCAAAAGAAUGUCUGCUAUGAGAACUGAAAGACAUCGCCAAUAUUAUACUGGAGAAAGAGAAGAACACUGGGCCAAACCACCUGCAAAUGACAGCUAUUGAUUGUUUUUUCUGUAGAUAAUUAUUCAUAAGUAGGUACUCAAUAAUUAAAGGUUGGUGAAAUUUCAUACCUAUAAUAAUCUUGCCUUUAAUGCAUUCAAUAUAGUCCCAGAUAUUGAAGAAUCCCUCAAUAUUUGACCUAGG